ACGGCCUCACUGUCCCACAAAAAUAAACAAAAUCCGGCGGAGAAAGUGGCGAUAAACAAGCUACGUUGAACGCGAAUAUAUUAUACGUCAAGAUGCGCGACUGGAUGCCGGUGCUCUUUUGCGGACUGUCCGUGCCGCUCUCGCUGUUCAUGUGGCUGGGCAAUGUGGCGGUGUCGAAGAUCUGGAGCAGCGACUUCGAGGAGUCACGGGUGAUCCCGCCGGUGCGCUGGCUCUUCUCCACGCUGGCACCUCUAACUCUGAUGACGGUGGCCCUGCGCCGCAGAAGCGUGAAUCGAUCUGGAGCUGCGCUGGGCAUCCUGGUGGCCUUUAUCCUGUCCAUUGCCAGCCAUCCGUUCUUCGCCAGCCUGGUGGUGUUCUUCUUCAGCUCCUCGCGGGCCACCAAGUUCCGGGCGCACAUGAAGCGUCGCUUUGAGAGCGAUUUCCGCGAUGGCGAGGGCCAGCGGAACUGGGUGCAGGUUCUCUGCAACGGCGGCAUGGCCGCCCAACUGGCGCUCCUCUAUCUACUGGACUGCGGCAGUGGCGAGCGGGCGGUGGACUUUGUGCGGGAGUACCGCUCCAGCUGGCUUGGCGUGGCCGUGAUGAGCGCCUUUGCCUGCUGCAAUGGAGACACUUGGUCCAGUGAACUGGGCUCCGUGCUGUCGCAACGCGAUCCCGUGUCCAUCAUCACCUGGCGACGGGUGCCGCGCGGCACCAACGGCGGCGUUUCGCUGGCCGGGAUUGGGGUAAGUCUGCUGGGCGGACUGCUCGUCGGCUGCGGCUAUUUCGUCACCGUUCGGUACACGGUGGAGGCCAAAAUGCUACUGGUGAGUCCACCUCAGUGGCCGAUUAUCGCCUUUGGCGGCAUCGCUGGACUAUCCGGAUCCCUGCUCGACUCCAUCCUGGGCGGCCUGCUGCAGUACUCGGGCAUCAAUGCCGAGGGCAAGAUCGUGGAUGCACCCGGAAGUGGCGUGCGCCACUUGAGCGGAUUGCGCAUCCUGGACAACCAUAGUGUCAACCUCAUCUCCAGCAUAGUCACCGGCGUCACCAUUCCCGUUCUCGCCCAGAAAUUCUGGCCUGUGCGCUGAUUCUGUUGCCCGUUCUUCAUUAGGAUUAUGAAAACUACGGCCCUUUUCUAUAGAUGAAAUUAUGUGUUUAUUGACCCCAAAAAGGUUUAGCUUUCAUGAUCAAAUUUAAUGUUUAACAUAAUGAUAAAUGCGUGAAGCCUUUAAGGCAGCUAUAUAAAUUACACGUUCAUAACUUCAUCGGGUCCCGUGAAUACCCUCCAUAUAUAUUUUUGUAUAGCUUCCAUGGCGCCAAGCGAACUAACUUAGUAAACAGACUCGAUAGAAGCAACUAUUAGGGCAAAAGCGUUUGGCCAAGGCAGAUGUGUAUUUUAAACUAAGGUAGCUAAGUAUGUUCCUGUACACAUGAUGACAUUGUUAAUACUGCUAAGUAGACAACGCGACUGACUACCUAGAUUGUAUGUAAAGAACCCAAUUAAACACUUUCUCUACUUGUGAAUAUUUAAAUUCUAUAAUUUGCAAAUUUCGUUACGUGACUUCAGGAAUUCUCGGAAAUCUAUUAUGGUUUUUGGGUAUUCUUACGUCAUCGCCAGUUGUUUUCUUAUUUUGGAGAACAAUUAGCUGACCUCGCCCUGUUUCGCAUUUGCUUAUUUAUUGGAUCGACGAAAUUGCGCAUUGCAAAAACAACUUGCUGUUUUGGUGCUCUUUAGAGUAUAGCAUACAUAUGCUACUUAACUGUUGUAAAAACAUUUAUAAAAGCUGGUCGGCUGAGUAAAUUUAAUGUUUUAAUGUUCUGUUUAUUUACUUAUUAACUUUUUUAUAUUUAUAAUUUGCUAUUUCGUCAAAAUAUUAAAAGUGUUCCGCGACAAAUUACUCACGGUCAUCAAAAUACUGGUUAAUGUUUUUAAAAAUUAAAUUUUUAGAAAAAUAAAUUCGAAUAGAUAAUGCGAAUAUUUCAUAGAAUUACAAAAAACUUCCCUAGGAAGAUGUCAAACCAACAGGUUAAAAGCUCAAACUCAUCUUGAGACACCUAAGAAAGAAAGAACAAUUCAAAUGUUUGUACAAUCAACUCCCUUAUCACUAGACCAUACACAAUUGUGUUUCAAUUUUUAUUAAUUGCUUUAAAUAAGUGUGAUUAGUGGUUAAUGAAAAUGAGAGCAUUCUUUCAUCCAGACUCCAAUAAAAUAAGUUAUCACUA